GCUGAGCAUUCCACAAGUCCAGGGAGGCCCAGCCAGACGGCUCCCCACGCUGUAAAUGAGGACAAUGCCUGCUGGCCCACGUGGGGAGGGGAUGUAGAGGGCAGUGGCGCCAGCCACUCCUGGCACCAUGGAUGAUGCUGCGGUCCUAAGGAAAAAGGGUUACAUCGUGGGUAUCAACCUUGGCAAGGGCUCCUACGCAAAAGUCAAAUCAGCCUACUCUGAGCGCCUCAAGUUCAAUGUGGCGGUCAAGAUCAUUGACCGCAAGAAAACGCCCUCCGACUUUGUGGAGAGAUUCCUUCCUCGGGAGAUGGACAUCCUGGCAACUGUCAAUCAUCGCUCCAUCAUCAAGACCUACGAGAUCUUCGAGACCUCGGAUGGGCGAAUCUACAUUGUCAUGGAGCUUGGGGUCCAGGGCGACCUCCUCGAGUUCAUCAAGUGCCGGGGAGCCCUGCAUGAGGAUGUGGCACGCAAGAUGUUCCGCCAGCUCUCCUCAGCCGUCAAGUACUGCCACGACCUGGACGUUGUCCACCGAGACCUCAAGUGCGAGAACCUUCUCCUCGACAAGGACUUCAACAUCAAGCUGUCCGACUUUGGCUUCUCCAAGCGCUGCCUGAGAGACUGCAGCGGGCGCAUCAUCCUCAGCAAGACCUUCUGUGGGUCGGCGGCGUACGCGGCCCCCGAGGUCCUGCAGGGCAUCCCCUACCAGCCCAAGGUCUACGACAUCUGGAGCCUGGGCGUGAUCCUCUACAUCAUGGUCUGCGGCUCCAUGCCCUACGACGACUCCGACAUCAAGAAGAUGCUGCGCAUCCAGAAGGAGCACCGCGUGGACUUCCCGCGCUCCAAGAACCUGACGGGUGAGUGCAAGGACCUCAUCUACCGUAUCCUGCAGCCAGACGUCAACCGGCGGCUGCACAUCGACGAGAUCCUCAGCCACUCGUGGCUGCAGCCCCCCAAGCCCAAAGCCAUGUCUUCCGCCUCCUUCAAGAAGGAUGGUGAGGGCAAGUAUCGGGCCGACUGCAAACUGGACACACGGCCGGGCUCAUGCCCCGAGCACCGGCCUGAGCACCGGCCCGAGCACCGGCCCGAUCACAAGCUGGGGGCCAAAACCCAGCACCGGCUGCAUGUGGUGCCCGAGAACGAGGACAAAAUGGAGGACAGGCUGGCAGAGACCUCCAGGGCGAAAGACCACCACGUCUCCGGAGCCGAGGUGGGGAAGGCAGGUACCUAGGGUGCCGAUGGCUGGGGGGCGUGGUGCACGGUGGCGCCCACGUAAACUAAGUAGGCAGGUAGGAGCUGAAGAAGGCACAGGUGCAAGGAACAAGUAAAAUCUGUCAAUUAAACCACUAUUUUGAUUA